AUGAGAGCAUUGUCGGGAAUUCUGCUUGGAGGAGGUGCAAGACGAAAGCUACUCCAUCCCGUCUUUCCGCAUUCUUGCGGAAAGAGAUUACUACAAUUAAAACCACUCAUCUUCUUCACCUUUGGUAAAGAACUAAGAGGAGCGAGGUCUCGUCUAGAAAGUGAGAUGGUUGGGUAAGCACUCUGAGCGCUAAACGACUUACCCAGCGUUCCCGUACAGAGGCUUUCGCGACCACCUUGGCACCCUCUUACAGUAUUCCAUAAACUAUGGUUUGAGGCAUGUAGCCCGCCAGCGACUGGCCGAUAAUCGAUGGCUGCUUGUUGUGCUCAAAGCUCGCCACCUAGGGUGACAUUAUAUAGGAAUCUUGUUUAGGGUGCUAUUCAGCUGACGAUGCAGCUCUGCUAGCUUUGGCUUCUCGGGAAGUAAGGUUUCUGACAUAUGCUUUGGAGUUUAUAGCUCGGCCGGCCAAUUCGACAAGCUUGUGGAAUCAGGCCCUAUAGUAGCCUUCACUGGGGUUGAUGCUACUGUCCCCUCAUUACAUGUCGGACAUCUACUUCAACCCAUAAAUCUACUCGAUUUUUAUCUCCAUGGAUACCACCUUGUAGCAUUAGUAUAUCUACUCUUACCUGAUAUUGUAAAGGACAAAGCGGAUAGUUUAUGAAGCUUGGUAUAUCUGCAGCUUCUGUCGGGGAUCCUUCUGGUAGAGUGGUAGAGCACGACGCAAUUGCAUCACCGAGACAUGAUGAAUCCUUUGACGGUUUAUGGGCUCAUAUUGAGAAAUUCUUUGAGAAGGGCCGAUCAUAUGCCUUUUCAAAAGGGUAUAACCAGGAAAACUUUAGAAAGAGCGAAUUGAAAACCAAUGCAGACUGGUUAGAUGGACUGGGGUUGGUGGAAUUUCUCGCCGCGGUGGGUCGGCAUAUUCGAGUUAGUAGUAUGCUUGCUCGAGAGAGGUUGGUUAAAUGCCCACCCAUGUGGUCUUCCCAUCUCUGAGAAUUUCAAUGUAAAGGGUCAAGAAAAGGAUGAACUCUAGGAAUGGAAUCAACUUUUCCGACCUCCCCUACCAAUUACUGCAGUCUUAUGACUUUUGGUACUUGUACCGAGCUGCCAACUGCCGUCUACAGGUACGUCUACGUUUCUAGAGGGAGUGGCGAGUACUUACAAUCAGCUAGAUUGGGGUAGUGAUCAGUUCGGGAGCAUCGCAGCAGGGAUCGGCUUAAUAUCUAAAUACCAGCCCGGCUCUAGUGAAACCACCCUCAGUGCCAUAGAAGCCUAUGGUCUAGCAUCUCUUCUCCUGACCUCUGAGUUUGGCGAGAAAAUUGGCAAUUCUGCCGGCAAUGCUAUCUGGCUCGACGAGAAUCUAACUACGCCCCUCGAGCACUACCAGGUACAUCCACCCUCUUUGUAGAAGUGAAAGGAACCCCUAAACUGACAGCCCCAAGUUCUUCGCAACCCUUGCUGAUACGCACGUCCAAAAGUACCCCCGAAUGUUCACCCUGCUUCUCCCCGAAAUUGCUAUGGCCACGCAGGCUCAUACUACAAACCCUUGAUCCCGAACCAUCCGAGGCCCCCUAGGAGGAGAAGCCGUCGCCCUUGUCCACGGCGUACGGAAGGACUCGGAAACGGAAUUCGUAACGAAUUUCCUCUUUCCAGUAGAUGGAGGAAAGGGAUUUUCCGCACCGGAAAUCAUCUAGGUGUGGGGCGAUCGAGUCGUCAAGAUGCCGAGAGCAGAGGUCGUCGGAGAAAUGAUCUCCAAACUUGCUAGGCGGGUGGGAGCAGUUAAGACAAGCAAUGCUGCGGAGAAUAUCAUCAGAGGUGGCGGAAUGUGUAUCGGAUUGGGGAACGAGAAGAUUUCUGAUGGGAGGGCAACUGUUGUGGAGGGGUGGUUAGUGGAUGGAGAAGUUCUGCUCUUGAGGGUAGGGAAUGAGAAGUUUACGGUUAUUCAGGAGUUUUAGGGUGGCAUGGUGGAUCACUCUGGAAGUGGAUUAAAUGUGGGACUGGGUAGGAGAAGGAGGCAAGAAAUCUGGAUACCUUGAUCGGUUCUUACAAUAAAUAGAGAGAAUUCGAAAUAGCUAUAGUUACCCCUU